AUGUCCAGUACUAGCCGCCUCCUGCAGCUCCUGCUCUCCGCCCGCCGCUCCCUCGACCUCUGCCUCUUCUCUUUCUCCCACCAGCAGUUAGCCCGAGCCGUUCGGAUCCUUCACCGCCGCGGCGUCCGGGUCCGCGUGGUGACCGACGAGCAGUACAUGGGGCUGCAGGGCUCGCAGAUCGGCCUCCUGCGGCAGGCGGGGAUCCAGGUGCGCCAUGACCAGGACUCUGGUUACAUGCACCACAAGUUUGCCAUCGUGGACAGGAGGCUGCUCAUCACGGGCUCCCUCAACUGGACCGCCAGCGCUAUCCAGAGCAACCGGGAGAACUUGCUGGUCCUGGAAGACACUGAGUAUGUGAAGCCUUUUCUGGAUGAGUUUGAAAGGAUUUGGGAAGAGUACAAUCCCAUCAACUACAAAUUUUUUUGA